AAGCAGACCUGCUCAUGUUCACAAGUCAAGACGGUGCAUUGCGACGUCCAGGGAGCCUUUUUUUCAUCAUGGAUUUUCUCUUUGAAGCUGUAUCAGAUCUGGCUUCAACAUAGUUAGUUGGAGACAGCUGCAGGAUGCAUCAGCUGCUAGUGGUGACCUCCGUGCUGGUGGCACUCUGCUCUCUAGGGAGCGUGGAUACUUCAGCUUAUGACAAGAUAGUCACCCACAGUCGCAUACGGGCCAGGAAAGAAGGACCCAAUGUGUGCGCUCUGCAGCAGGUCCAGGGGACUAAUAAGAAGUACUUCAGCACAUGUAGGAACUGGUACAAAGGCUCCAUCUGUGGCAAGAAGACCCUGGUCCUGUAUGAAUGCUGUCCUGGGUACAUGAAGCUGGAGGGCAUGAGAGGAUGCCCUGCAGUGGCUCCCAUUGACCAUGUCUACGGUACGCUGGGGCUUGUAAAGGCUACGACCACGCAGCAAUACGCUGAAAUGUCCCAGCUGAGAGAGGAAAUUGAAGGCAGAGGCUCUUACACCAUGUUUGCACCGAGCAAUGAGGCCUGGGAUCGGGUGGAACCUGACGUACGGGCAGCACUGGAGAGCAACGUGAACAUCGAGCUGUACAACGCUCUUCACUUCCACAUGGUGAACCGUCGUAUUCUGACCAAAGACAUGAAGAACGACAUGUCUGUCACUUCCAUGUACAACGACCUGGGCAUCUACAUCAACCACUACUCGAAUGGGAUUGUGACGGUGAACUGUGCCAGGAUCAUCCAUGGGAAUCAGGUGGCCACAAAUGGCGUGGUGCAUGUCAUCGAUCGGGUCAUCAGCGGCGUGGGCAACAACAUGAAGGAAGUCCUGGAUGUCUCAGAUGAGCUCUCCUCCUUCAGAUCAGCGGUGAUCAACGCUGGUAUGAUGGACAAGCUGGACCAGCCUGGCCACUACACUCUGUUUGCUCCCACUAAUGAAGCUUUUGACAAACUGAGCCCAGACUACAUGGAGCGUAUCAUGGGAGACAAGGAUGUUAUUGCAGCCCUGGUGAAAUACCACAUGUUGACCAGUGUCCAGUGUUCAGAAGCAAUCAUGGCCGGGUCGAUAUAUGAGACCGAAGAGGGCAGCAACAUAGAGAUCGGCUGUAAUGGCGACAGCUUGACGGUCAACGGAAUCAAGAUGGUGCUGAAGAAGGACGUCGUCACCACCAAUGGCGUCAUCCACUACAUCGACCAGGUGCUCAUCCCCGACUCAGCUAAGCAAGGGAUUGAGCUGAUUGGAGAGUCCCAGAGCACUUUCAGCGACAUGGUGUCCGAACUGGACUUAGCCGCUGCCAUGGGUCCAAAGACAGAGUACACGCUCCUUGCUCCCGUCAACACUGCCUUCACUAACGAGGUGAUGACGACAGAGCAGAGCAUGCUGAGAUACAUUUUGCAAAACCACAUCUUGAAGCUCAAAAUCAGGCUGAGUGAGCUCUACAAUGGACAGUUGCUGGAAACACUGGCUGGCAAACUGCUCAGAGUCUUCAUUUACCGCACUGCUGUUUGCAUAGAAAACGCAUGUAUGGUGCGAGGCAGUAAAGAGGGAAGCAAAAGCGCCCUCCAUGUUAUGAAGUCCAUCAUCAAGCCCGCCGAGAAAACAAUGUACAAGCUCCUGAUUGCUGACGGACGGUUCAAGAUUUUCCUGUCGCUGAUGGAGACAGCAGGUCUGACUGAUCUGCUGAAACAGGAAGGCUCCUACACCAUCUUUGCACCAACCGACGAAGCCUUUAAUAGUCUCAGCAGAGAGGACUUCGAUCUGCUCAAAAGCGAUCUGAAUGCUUUGAGGAUCAUCCUGCUGUACCACUUCAGUAAUGGCAUCUUCAUCAAUGGAGGAUUAGAGGGAGGAGUUACCAAUCUGCUCAAAACCCUCCAGGGCAAGAACCUGCAAGUUAUGUCCGUAAACAACUCUAUUCAUGUCAACUCUGUGAAUGUGCCAGACAGCGACCUGAUGGCAACAAAUGGUGUGAUCCAUGUGGUGAAGAAUGUCCUCUAUCCUGCGGACCUUCCCGUGGGCCGCCAGGACCUCCUGGUCCUCCUGAAGAAGCUGAUUAAGUACAUCCAAAUAAAGUUUGUUUCUGGAUUUACUUAUCAAGAGAUCCCACUCACCUUCUUAAGGAGGAUUAUCACAACAACUACACAUGUUGAAACAGUCCCUGAGGUAACAAAGGUGACCAGAGUCAUUGCGGGGGAGCCAACUAUCACCCAGGUGACCAGGGUCAUCGAGGGAGAUCCAUCUAUCACCAAGGUGACCAGGGUCAUCGAGGGAAAGCCUACCAUUACCAAGGUUACAAGAGUCAUCGAGACGGAACCAGUAGUCACUAGGGUGGUUGUUCAGGGGGAGCCGGUGGUCACCAAGGUAACCAGGGUCAUCGAGGGGGACCCUACCUUCACAAAAGUAACCAGGGUCAUCGACGGGGAUUCUUCCUUAACAAAAAUAACCAAGGUCGUUGAAGGAGAGCAGACCUUUACCAAGGUUACAAGAGUUAUCGAUGGUGGAGAUGGAAAGAGAAUUACAGGUGGAAGCAGAUACACCACGGUGAACGAGCCUUAUAUCAUUGAGGGCCCGGACUUCUCUAAGAUCACCACCAUCCACGGCGACCCAAAUCUGAUCGAUGCGGAAUCGGAGAGAAUUACCAAACUCAUUCAAGACGGAGGUAAAUUCGCCGCUGCCAGGAAAGUCCCAGCUGGAAUGAGGAGGAGGAGAACAAGGCUUGUCAGGCGUCACCACAAGCCAAGGGAGUGAAUCCGACAGAGAGAAAACACCUUGGGGCUCACCGCAGAGACUGAAUGCUUCUCCAGUGCUCCUGGUCGAGUGCUGGAGGAUUGACAAACUGUGGACCAAUAGGGACAGAUCAAAUCAAUCUAGCUAUUUCUUUGUCCAAACCACCAGUGAGAAUGUUUACUAUUCCAUUUGGACCAUACUGUAGGCAUGAUGUGUAAUAGCAAUGCAAUGAAAUUAGAAUACCCUUCAUGUAAGUGUGCAAGGGAAAUAUGGACUUUUGCCGUGUGGUAGAUGGUGUUUAAGGUGAGAUAUAUUCUACCACUGAGAGAUUUUUUUUUUUUUUUUAAUCAUGUCACUUUGUAAACGGAUAGCUUGGGAAGAUUUUUUUAUGCUUUUUAUGGUGCUCGCAUUCUGUACAAUGAAUGCAUUUUAAUAAAAAUAAAACAGUGUUUUGCUACCAUUAGAUGCUGUACCGAACCUCUGUAAAUUAUCACAUGGUGAUUAAAAAAUACAAUUAAUUUUUA